ACCGAGUGACCUGGUGACCAAAGCAAAUGCAACCAUUAGCUAAACAAUGUCAUACGCAAUACAUCCCAUCACUUCCAUCACCAGGCGUUUGUUUGUCACAACAAUUACAGCUGUAAGCUACAUACCACAAGUUGUGAAGGCACAGAAAUUUUGCUCAAAACAGAAUGAAGGAUUAAAUGGUAACAUCAAAUUAAAGAUACCAAUUGACAACUCCACAGAAGGGAAAUAUAACACUGGAGAUACAAUAUUUGCUAAAAUACUUCGGAAGGAAAUCCCAGCUGAUAUUAUUUAUGAGGAUGAUAAGUGUAUUGCAUUUAAGGAUAUCAAUCCUGUUGCCCCACAUCACAUUUUGGUCAUUCCAAGAAAACCAAUAGCUCGUCUUUCUCAGUCAACUGAUGAGGAUUCUCAGUUGCUUGGACACUUAUUGAUCACUGCAAAAAAAAUUGCCAAAAAAGUGGGUUUGGCAGAAUCUGGUUACCGAAUUGUGAUCAAUGAUGGUGAUGAUGGUGCACAGUCAGUCUAUCACCUGCAUAUUCACAUUAUGGGUGGCCGUUUAAUGAACUGGCCACCAGGAUGAUGGAAAUUAGCUGCAAUGUUAUUCCUGUCAAGACUACUUCACAGGUCAUAUAUAAGUAACGAUAUUAUUCUUGAAUCUUUGUAACUUCAAAACAAUGUGAUAUAAUUAGUAUGCUAUUCCACAACAAUUUCAACGCCUUUACAAAUACACAACGCCUUUACAAAUACACAACGUCUUAAAAAUUGGACUAUUAUGGUUUGUCAUAUUAGAUAUUAGUUAUAAAUAGAUCCAUUUAAUAGUGCUGAUUAUAUUAUAUUAACAUUGUGAAAUAAAAUACUAACAUGUGGUUGAAA